AUGGAGCCAGCGUUCUAUCGCGGUGACCUCUUGUUCCUCACAAACCCGGCUUCAGAGCAAUACAAGACUGGCGAUAUCACGGUUUACAAGGUUCCUGGCUUCGACAUUCCCAUCGUUCACCGCGUAAUGGAAACGCACAACCUACCACCAACAGUCGAUGUUAAGCCGUAUAUCAGUCGAGCGCGCUAUUCAUCGUCAAAGGAUGUAACGGUUCAAAGCAAGGACUCUGAAACCCAGCUACUUCUGACAAAGGGAGACAACAAUGCCGUCGAUGAUAUCGAACUCUACAACGGUUUGAACUGGCUGGAGCGGAAACAUAUUGUGGGCAAGGUCCGAGGAUUCUUGCCAUACGUCGGCUAUGUGACAAUUGCUAUGAACGAUUUCCCUCAGCUGAAAUAUGCCUUGCUUGGUGGCCUAGCAUUACUGGCGCUUAUUCAACGCGAAUGA